CAGUCGCUUGAGCGCUGGUCGGCCCCGGAAAACAAAAGAGGAAAACAUCGUCGACGCUCCUCCCCCAACCACCGCUCCUCCGCUCGUGCUGAUGGCGGCGGCGAUCCGGUCCCUCCUCCGCAAGGCGGCGCCGUCCCUCGGCCGCGGGUCGCCGGCCCUCGGCCGCAUGUCGCCGGUGGUGCAGGGGCUUUCGCCGGCGGCGCGCCUCCUCUCAACGACGGGGGGACAAGUGGCUUAUUCUGAUGAUGAUGAAACGCUGGCCAAACAGCGUGAGGAAAUAAAGCGCAUGACUGCUGAGUUUGAUGCGAGCAUGCUGGAGAUCCGCAAGAAUUUGGAUGCUAUGGAUGAAAUUGAGAGAUCCAAUGGACAUGGUGGUCGCUUGAGCCUGGGUUGGUUUCCGGCCAGGUGGAUGCAGCCUGUGGAAGAUGAGAACCCGAGGGGGCAGCGUCGGCCGGCACCUGCUCGAUGUCGACCACGGAAGGGCACCAAGCAUGGCAGAUAUAGUGAGAGCCGAAGAGGGAGACCACAGCUGACUCUGAUGCUCGCCAUUCUCCCCGACAAGAAGGAGAUCUGGUUGGAGGAUGUCGAGGAUGCGAAGCUAGUGAGGCAGUUGUCCGCGGAGCCGCCCGGAAGGCCAGCAAAUAACACCGAGGAACAUGAGGCGUCCCCGACGGCCUGUUAGGUGGUGUAGGAGGCGGCUUCCAGACGGCUGGCUGUAGGAGGAUGCGCCGUCCACGACAGCCAAGCCAUGUGGUGUAGGAGGAGGCGCGCCGUCCCUGACGGCCGGCCAAUCGGUGUAGGGAGGCGGCGCUGCCGACGGCCGAGGCGAGGCGAGGCGAUGGGUUGGGGCAACACAGAGAUGGGAGGGGCGGCGUCCUUCAAGGUGCAACGGCUCGAGGCGAUGCGGGAGGCGUCGUGAAGGUCCGGCGGCUGGAGGCGAUGGGGGAGGCGUCGUGAAGGUGCGGCGGCUGGAGGUGAUUUGGGGGCAGAGCGAUGAUGCAGCAGUUACUUUCCUUCUUUCUUUCUUGAUUGACGUGGGCAGUUUCUUUCCUUUCGUGCGAAAGGAAGAUGAUAACGGAAGAGAAAGUACUUUCCUUUCUUUCUUGAUUGACGUGGGGCAGUUUCUUUCCUUUUGUGCCAAAGGAAGGUGAUCACGAAAGAGAAAGUUAUGUUUAGCGUUAAACGUGUUUAGUCGCUCACCAUUAGGACAAUAUCAACUGUUGGAUGAAUGUGAAUGGAUGGCCGAGAUCUGUUGGAUCUGCCCCACCGGGUCUUUUUAUAUUGGUAUAGAUAUAGAUAUAGAUAUAGAUAGAUAUAGAUGAGCUGAUGAGGUUUUAAUGGUGGACCUCGAUCAAAUUCUUUUAUGCGUCUUAUCAGAUCUUAUAAUUUGAUGUUUGCUUUUACUUCUCUUGGAGCGAAGGUUGAUGAUAGCAUAAAUGUGGGUCAGGGUGUCUACAU